ACCUACAGCCAAUCAAGUGGGACCCAUCUUCCCAACGUCAUAAUCAAAGACCAAGAAAAUUUCCCCUGCAUUUGCCUUUCCCAAAUUCCAUACUCAAGAUUACCGUGAAAUGUAAUUCCCGUCAAAAAGCUAAUAUUAAUCGAAAAUGGCGACCUCUGCCUUCAAAUCCACUACCAGGAGAGGCGGAGCUGAAUCCAAAGCCCCACAAUCCACUGCAACCAAACGACGAUCCCAUAGCGUUAGCGCCGUUUCCCGAGCACCCCACGGCCGUCAACUCGAUAGAAGCAGUUCGAUUUCUGAUUUUUCCUAUAAAAGAGAUAACCCUCUUUUCUCUCCGGAUAAUGAAAUAGAAAACGACAAUGAAAAAAUUGGAAAUAGAGGUCAAAUUGCUUCUAUUAACGGUUCAGCGUCUUCUUCGAAUUCGAUUAAUGGGAGUAGUAUUGUUAAUGAACAAAGAGGGCGUUCGGUGACGAGAAAUUCUCAUGGUGGCGGUGGUGUUAAGAAUGGGAUCGGUCGCAGCCUAUCGCGAGUACGAGGUCGUUCUGUGUCCAGAGGUCGCUAUGGAGGAGGAGUUUUCGAGAGUGCAAAGGCACAUGAUAUGGAUACAUGGAUGGAUGCUCGAAACAGAAAUGUGAAAAAACAGAUAGGUAACAAUGUGAAGAAAACUAAUUCAGUUAGAAGUGAGGGUGAUACACAGGCUCAUGUCAAGAAUGCACGACUAACUAUGAACCAGAAUCAAGCUACUGAUUGGUCGGAAGAUGAUUCUGCUGUGAGAACGUGUAGUUUUCAAAUUCCAAAUGUGGAUGACGGAAUUUCAACAGGUUCUUUGUCAGAAGCAGAAGAGAAAAUGGCUUUUCAAGGGAAUAAUAUCAGUACUAUCACAGCUAUAAAUGCUGCCGAUGUGCCUCCAGACUUAGUAAACCCUGGUGAUAUUGAAAUGAUCCUGGACAUCAGAAAAGAAUAUGCCUUAAAACUUGAAGAGUCUGAAGAACGGGCAAGAAAACUUCGAGCAGAUCUUGCUAUUGAAGAGCACCGUGGGCAAGAGCUGGGUAGGAUUCUCAAAGAGAUAAUUCCCGAUCCAAAGACUUCUAGUGCUCUGAGAUCUCGUCGAGGAAGAAGAACAAGCAGUGAACGAAAACGGAUGUCAAAACGUCUUACUGAAGAAGCCUUGGCAUAUUUUGAUGAAUGUGUGUCCUUAUCAACUUUUGAUAGCUCUGACUUCUCAGCAUCAGAAGACCCAUCUUACACCUCAUUUGGAGCUAUUACCCCCAUUGGCGAUGCUUUAUCUUUACAAAAAAGUAAUCUAAACCCCUUGUCCUCAAAUGACCAUGGCAGUGGUCUCCACCAAAAACAGCCCCUGCAAAGCUUCGAGAACUCUGCUUUAACAGCCCACAGUAGUAGUGAUGAGCCAAUAAACAGUCAAGAAUAUCGGUUCUCUUUUGCUCAUAAACAAUUAGAACAUGCUGGAACUCACCGAGAUAUCAAAAGUUACAUCGAACAUUUUGGGAGAGAUAUUCAUAACGAUAUCGACUCAGAGGUUACAGAAUCAUACUAUGAUGCUGGUGAGUACAAUUUACAAGGCCGCACUGAGAGCAUGUUAUGUGACAGGUUCUUCUUUAGUAACAGAAUAGAGUCUGGGAGCCUGCUUUUAUGUGGUGGUGCAAUCUCGUCUUCUUCAUUUUCUCUGGUAAUCUAAUGAAAGAUUUACGUGGCUGCACCGGAAGUUUGUUUUUUGCUUUUAUGUGGCAGUGCAAUUCAGUUUCCUCUGCUCAAGUAAUCUCGAGGGAAAGAGGUAGAGAAUUAUUCAAGCGGACAACUUGUUUAUGUAUUCAUUUUUGGGUUGCUUUACCUUGCUCAAGUGGCUUGUUCGUGCAAAUCAAGGUUACGAAUGAUUGUACAAAAGUAGUUUUAUAGGUGUAUCCGAUAGAACUUGAAAUAGAAGGUAUCCAGAUUCAUGAGCUGUUUUAACGUGUCUGUCAGACUAUUCAACGGCUACAUAUAAUUCUAUGCCGAAGUUGCGAAA